UUUCCUAAUAAUAUCAGCUUUGAAAGCAUUCAGAUAUCUUUCCAGCAUCACUUCUGAAUUCAACUAAUUCUAAAUAUUAAUACGAUUCUUUCUAUCAUGCUGCUCAUUUUGAUCCCAAGAUAACUAUUUACAAAAAUCAUUAUGUCCAUCCAGGUUGAGGUGCUGAGCUGUAUUCGACAUCCCAACAUGUUCCUGCUACUUGGUGCACGUCCCGAGUAUGGUAUUUUGGUUUAUGAAUACAUGGACUAUGGGAGUUUAGAAGAUGAACUCUUCCGUCGAGGCAACACUCCACCAAUCCCAUGGAGCGUGCGUUUUAAAAUCGCUGCAGAGAUAGCUACUGGACUAUUGUUCCUCCACCAGGCUAAGCCAGAACCUCUGGUUCACCGAGACCUGAAGCCAGCAAACAUCCUCCUAAAUCACAACUAUGUAAGCAAGAUCAGUGAUGUGGGCCUAGCAAGACUAGUCCCACCAUCUGUAGCAAAUAGUGUGACAAAAUACAGAAUGACGUCGACUGCUGGAACAUUUUGUUACAUCGACCCCGAGUAUCAACAGACAGGCAUGCUCGGUGUCAAAUCUGAUAUAUACUCUUUGGGAAUAAUGCUGCUCCAGAUCAUCACAGCAAAGCCUCCAAUGGGCCUCACACACCAUGUGGAGAGAGCAAUUGAAAGGGGAACCUUUGCAGAAAUGCUCGAUCCAGCUGGCACUGAUUGGCCUGUUGAGGAGGCUCUUUCAUUUGCUAAACUCGCUUUGAAGUGUGCAGAAUUGAGAAGGAAAGAACGACCUGAUCUCGGGAUGGUCAUCUUGCCUGAGCUCAACCAGUUAAGAAAUUUUGGACAUGCACACCAAGAAAAUGCUGGUGGCGGCAUUUUUGGCACUGCACCACACAGUUCUAGCAUUUCACAUCAGAGAAUGAGGUCUCUCACCAAUCAGGAUCAGGUAUCAAGCAAUUCAAUUUGUAGUGCUCCAUGUUUGUCUUCAGCUGAUAGCUAAGGACUAUAAUGGCAUCAAUCGAGAGAGAAGCAGAAUCUUCAUAGACACUCCCAGGGGUAUCAGAGAAGGUUGGCAAAUAAAAGGGUCUUUGAUCUUGCGCUAUGCAAAUGUUGUAAUGAGAUGGUUGUUAGCCAGCUUUUGAGGAUUGCAACCAAUGAUGUUCCACAUAUUGACAUUUUGCCUCCUCAAAAUACAGGAAAUUGAAAUCUCUUACAGCUUCA